GCCUACUUCAGCCUAGCCGAUGCAAUUUUCGGUACGCUUUACUUGGCUAGACAACUGUGUUGCAAAAUGUGGAGGGGGGCAAAUUUCGAAGGCCGCCUGUAUUUUGUCUCGCCUGUUGUUUCGGGAAGUGUGGACCAGUCGUCUACGUCUGCUGCGCCCCUGACAUCUUCCAUGAGCUCAUGCUCUACGCGCACCACGAGGGGCUCACCACGGGUGACUAUGCCUUCUUCUACAUUGACCUCUUUGGGGCGAGCCUGCAGAGUUCCAUCUUCCCGGACCGGCAGCUCCCAUGGCGACGGGAAGACGGGCACGAUGCCAUCGCCUGCGAGGCCUACAAGGCCGUGAUGAUCAUCACGUACGCAGAGCCCACGAACCCUGAAUACCGGCCGUUCCUGGAAGAGAUCAAGGAAGCUGCCGAAGCCCAGCUCAACUUCACCAUGGAAGACGGGCUGAAGAACUACAUUGCCGGUGCCUUCCAUGACGGGGUGAUGCUCUAUGCCCAAGCUGCACAUGAGAUGUUGGAGCAGAAGGGGUCCUUCUCCAACGGCUCACUUAUCACCCAUCAGAUGCGGAACCGUACUUUCUACGGGGUCACAGGGGUCGUGAAGAUCGACCAGAACGGUGACCGGGAAACGGAUUAUUCUCUCUGGGACAUGAAUCCAGCAAAGGGGGAAUUUGAGAUCGUUGCCAGUUACAACGGGAUCACCAAGAAGUUUGAGCUGGUCCCUGGAAAGGACAUCCACUGGCCAGGGAAUGCCGUUCCCAGGGACGUGCCGUUCUGUGGCUUUGAGAACAGCAACCUGGCAUGUCAAAAAGCCUCCUUCUCCCUGCUGGAGAUCCUGUCCCUCACGAUGACCUUGGUCCUCUCCAUCGUCAUCGUCACUGCUUUCUUUGUGUACAGGAAACUGAAGCUGGAGAAGGAGCUGGCCUCAGAGCUGUGGCGGAUCCACUGGGAGGACGUGCAGUCGAGCAACUUGGAGAAAAACCUGCGGAGCAUGGGCAGCAAGCUGACACUCUCGCUGAGAGGCUCAAACUAUGGCUCCCUCCUUACCACAGAGGGACAGUUCCAGGUUUAUGCCAAGACAGCUUAUUACAAGGGCAAUCUCGUGGCUGUGAAGCAUGUGAACAGGAAGCGCAUUGAUCUAACACGGAACGUCCUCUUUGAGCUGAAGCAUAUGCGGGAUGUUCAAAACAAGCACUUGACGCGUUUUAUCGGAGCCUGCAUCGAUCCCCCAAACAUCUGCAUCUUGACGGAAUACUGUACACGUGGAAGUCUCCAGGACAUCUUGGAGAAUGAUAGCAUCACCUUGGACUGGAUGUUCCGCUAUUCACUCACCAGUGACAUCGUCAAGGGGAUGCUGUUCCUCCACAACAGCGUGAUCAACUACCAUGGAAACCUGAAGUCCUGCAAUUGCGUGGUGGACAGCCGCUUCGUGCUGAAGAUCACCGACUAUGGGCUAGAGAGCUUUUGCCAGUCUCCCGAGACGGACGACUCGCACGCGCUGUUUGCAAAGAAGCUGUGGACGGCCCCCGAGCUCCUGCGCGUGGAGUCCACUCCACUCCUGGGCACCCAGAAAGGCGACGUCUACAGUUUUGGGAUCAUCUUGCAGGAGAUCGCCCUGCGGAACAGCGUCUUCUAUGUGGAAGGCACAGAUCUGAGCCCGAAAGAGAUCGUCGAGCGAGUGAAGAGCGGUGAGCACCCCCCCUUCCGCCCCUCGGUGAACUUGCCGUCCAACCUUGAGGAGGUGGUCCAUCUGAUGCAGCGGUGCUGGGCCGAAGACCCCCAGGAGCGCCCCGACUUCCACCACAUCAAAGGCAUGCUGCGGAAGUUUGACAAGGGGAACAGCUGCAACCUCUUGGAUACAUUAUUGUCGCGCAUGGAGCAAUAUGCCAACAACCUUGAGGAGCUGGUGGAGGAGCGCACGCAGGCCUACCUGGAAGAGAAGCGCAAGGCAGAGGCCCUGCUCUACCAGAUUCUGCCUCACUCAGUGGCGGAGCAGCUGAAACGUGGGGAGACAGUGCAGGCGGAGGCAUUUGACAGUGUCACCAUCUACUUCAGCGACAUUGUGGGUUUCACCGCGCUGUCAGCAGAGAGCACCCCCAUGCAGGUAGUGGCUCUGCUCAAUGACUUAUAUACCUGCUUUGAUGCAAUCAUUGAUAACUUUGAUGUCUACAAGGUGGAGACCAUUGGCGAUGCAUACAUGGUAGUGUCGGGCCUGCCAGUGCGCAAUGGGUGGCUGCAUGCUCGUGAGGUCUCCCACAUGUCGCUGGCGCUUCUCGAGGCUGUCCGCAACUUCAAGAUCCGCCAUCGGCCUGAGCAGCAGCUCAAACUACGGAUCGGGAUCCACAGUGGUCCAGUCUGUGCAGGCGUUGUUGGCCUGAAGAUGCCUCGAUAUUGCCUUUUUGGUGACACGGUCAACACGGCCUCGCGCAUGGAGUCCAACGGGGAAGCUCUGAAGAUCCACCUGUCGGGAACCACCAAGUCAAUUCUGGAGGAGUUUGGGUGCUUCGAACUGGAGCUCCGUGGGGAUGUGGAGAUGAAGGGCAAGGGCAAACUCCGGACGUACUGGCUGCUGGGGGAGCGCGUCACCAGCACACGGGGCUGAGGAGCUGUGGCCUUUCUCCAGGAUGUGCUUUCCUGAAGGUGGCAGUUGCCCUCGUCUCAGCCGCGCCAUCAAAGACUCUCUUUUCAGGGAACUCUCCGGGGUCAGGGGGUCCCGGACCGAGCCCCUAGGACCCUACUCCUUGCCCCCUCCUUCUCCACCUGGGGCCUUUAGACUAUGUGGAUCACCCCCACGACUCUGGACGGGCUCUGAUGUUGAGCCUCUAAAGACUGGAAAGUAUGCAGAUGUGACCUAGGGUGGAGCAUAACAUGUGUCAUUUUCUUUCCUGUUUCGCAUCAACACCCUGUUGUCCACGUCAAACAGAAGUAGUUGGGUCCUUCGUGAUCCAAAAGGAUCCGCGUGCUCCGGACCAGCCCCUUUCCCCGUGAAAGCUGCUUGGGCGUCUGAAACUCAGCUGCGAAUUCGCCAUUGCAGCCGACUCUGGAGGAAGGAGAGGACAUCUGAGCACCUCGUAAGACCUCACACGUUACCCACCUCGGAUUGUCCCAGGAAGCUCUAGAUUUUUAUAAUAAAAUGAGUGUACACGUCACCCUCUGCCCUCCCUGAAUAGCAAGAUGCCACGCAAACACUGCCUUGAAAGCCCUUCCUUUAACGUUGGUCCCCUAGAUACGUAUCCUCUGGUUGUGAUUACUUAAAGCCACAGAGGGAGUGGCGCUUUCCACAUGCUCAAAGGAACCUGUCAUUGCUACCUUGCAUAUUCUAGCUGAACGUAGACUUCAGCAUUCAUCUGUGGUUCUGUGUGUUUGCGGAGAGAAAGGCAGUAUGGGUUUAAAAAUUGAGCAAUAUGUUAUGCUAAACUUCCUGUUUAAGAACACAAGAAAAGCCUCCUGGGUCAGACCAAUGGCCUAUGUAGUCCAGCAUCCUGUUCUCACAGUGGGCAACCAGAUGCCCGUGGGAAACCCACAAGUUUGAUCAUUUGAUUUUUGCUUUUAAAUAGCAACCCUUUCCACAUGCGCCACUGUAACGGCAAGAAAUUGUCUCCCUGGCUGUUUGUGUUAGGAGAAAAGCUCAAUGAAGAUGUCAACCCAAGGUAUGACAGCUGUGAAAAAGGCAAAUUCCACGCUAGGGAUCAUUGGGAAACAUAUUGAAAAUAAGAUGCCGUUGUAUAAAUCUAUGCUGCGGCCCCAUUUGGAAUACUCUGUACGGUUCUGGUAGCCUCACCUCAAAAAGGAUAUUGUAAGAGUUGGAAAAGGUUCAGACAAGGGCAAUCAGAAUGAUCAAGGGGAUGGAGCGACUCCCUUACGAGGAAAGGUUGCAGCAUUUGGGGCUCUUCAGUUUAAAGAAAAGGUGAGUCAGAGGAAACUUUUUUCCUCCCUCUCACGUAGCACUACACCUCAUGGGCAUUCAAUGAAGCUGAAUGUUGGAAGAUUCAGGACAGAGGAAAGAAAGGACUUCAUGCAGUACAACAUUUACACUAUGGAAUUUGCUCCCACAAGAGGCAGUCAGGGCCACCAACUUGGAUGGCUUGAAAAGAGGAUUAGACAAAUUCAUGGAGGAGAAGGCUAUCAGUGGCUCCUAGCCAGGAUGGCUGUGCUCUGCCACCAUAGUCAGAGGCAGUAUGAUUCUGAAAACCAGUUGCUGGUAGCCUCAGGGGGGGAGAGUGCUUUUGUACUCAGGUCCUGCUUGUGGGCUUCCUCUAAAGGGCAUCUGGUUGGCCACUGUGCGAACAAGGAUGCUGGAUGAGAUGGGCCACUGGCCUGAUCCAGCACGCUCUUCUUAUGUUCGUGGACACCAGCUUUCAUCUUGCAGUAAAUAUCAGUUGAAAGGUGGUGGUGGUGGGGCUCAUCAGAGCUUCAGUGCAGAGGAAAAGGGUUCCCUCCACACUGCAGUCACAUUUAGGCUGCGUGCACUUUAAUGACACCAACAACACAGCUUGUCUGAAUGUGAGAACGAAAUAAACUUUUAGGCACUGCUAUAGCCAGAGAAUCUCGCAGAACAGAGCUAAUGUCAUCCUCUCCCCCCCCCUCCGUCUUGCGCAAACUGGGGCAUUGUGGGAGAAUUGCAACGAGCAAAUUAAAGAAUUA